AAGACUGAAGCAUUCAUGCACACCAGGCCGAUUAACAGUUAAACUCUUACAUAUCUGAGUCUGAUGGACUACUAAUAUUUUUAUAUCCAUGAUUUGUAGAUACUAUUAUUAAUAUUAUUAUUUUGUCUUUUAAGUAUGAUAUAUAUGGAAUAAUAUUUAUUUGGCUAUGAUGAGUAUUUGAGAUUGACAUCCGCAUUUACUUACAGGUUUGAGUUUUAAAACAUCCUGUUGGAAGUAACAUCUAUUAAAUGAAUAUGAACAAAUCAUCGAAUACCUUUAAAUGUGAGAUUUCUGUAUAAUAUGUGUUCUGUUAUGAAAUUGAGGGGCUUGUUUUUGUUUGUUUUGUUUGAAGGGCUCAGCUAAAUUAGUAUUAUAUAAAUUAGGAGAGUAUUAAUCUUAGCUUUAUUAUACAAAUGUAUAAUCUUCCAUAAACUAAACAGUUUUAAGAGACUUAGCAUGCUGCCCCACUAUAAACAUAUAUAUAUAUAUGUGCAAGAACAUGCAUCUGUAUGCUGUUUUUCCCUUACCACAAAGUAGUAUACUUUAAAUACGUUUAUUUUAUUAAGUAUACUUAAGUUAACUUCAAGUAUAUUUUUAUACUUUAUAUAGCAAGUAUACAUAUAUCAGUGUUCUAGUAGUAUACUUGUAAGUGUACUCUUUCAAAACUCCUUGGGACUAAAUUGGCCCACUUUCUAGUAUUUAAAAUGUACUUUUAAGUAUACUUUAAGUAUAACAGUAGCAAACUUUGAGUACACAACUAGUUUACAUCUCUGUUUGAUGACUUGGGAUUUGUCUCAAGACUAGUUUGUGACUUGAAAGGAAUGACUUGUUUCCUCUGAUGAAAUCAGCUGCUGAGUUCAUGGGUGGAACAAAAAUAUGGCAGGACUUUUACUCUUUGGCCCCUGGAUUACCCACCUCUGCAUUUGACAAUGCCUAAUGUCUCCUGACUAUGAUCAGUGUCUUGUCUUGUCUUGUCUUGAUAUAUAUUAAUUCAUGUUAAUGUGUAAUAAAAAUUCGUUGAUCUCUUCUGUGUCUGCUAAAUGAAUAAAUAUAAAUGGAAGAUUUAAUUUAUUAAAUGAAGACAGAGGGCGCUCUUGUUAAAAAUAGAGCAUUUCACAGAGAGGAGGAGCAAAUGAGAGACAUAGAGAGAGAGAGAGAGAGAGAGAGAGAGAGAGAGAGAGAGAGACCCGAGCAGCAGCACACAGAUGAAACAAUGAUCCAGAUCUGUGAUGAUCAACUCAUAUUUCUCCUGCUGCUCCUCGUGUCAGUCGUGGCAUGUGAGACGAGUGAGAUCUUGACUUUCACAGCACAUGAAAGAGGAACAGUUGAGAUAAAGUGUCCAUAUGAGUCUAGAUAUAAAGAAUAUGAGAAGUAUCUCUGCAGAGGAGAAUGUCCAAUACUGAAUAAAGACAAAGUUAUUGAAUCUGGAUCAUCAGCUGGAGAUGAGAGAUUCUCUCUGACUGACGACAGAACAGCUCACAUCUUCACCGUCACCCUCACUGACCUGAGAACAGAGGAUCGAGGACAGUACUGGUGUGGAAUAAAGACAGGGCUGUUGAAACUGGAUGACUCAAAAGAGGUUCAUCUGGACAUUAAACAUGUGUCCCGAGUGUCUGCUGUGACUGGACAGCAUCUGAAUAUUUCCUGCCAUUAUAAAAGUGAACUGAAGAAUGAUGUUAAAUUCAUCUGCAAAAGAAGCGACCCGUCCGUCUGUGAGAAAUCAGCUAUAAAAGCUUCAUCAGAGACCAAUAGUAACAGCCGUUUCUCUCUGAGUGAUAAUGAAUCUGCAGGAGUCUUUACUGUGACCAUCACUAAUCUGACAGAAGAGGAUUCUGGGAUAUACUGGUGUGGAGCUGCACAGAGAGGACAAGAGCACAAGAACAAGUGGCUCUCAGUGAUAGACCUGAACGUUUCUGCUGGCACAUCAGAGAGUGCGUCGCCUAAACCAACAACAACAACCACAACAGCUUCAUGUCACACCAGCAAAGCAAAGACACAAGAUACCUCCUCCAGCAGACCUGUCACAUCAUCAACAUCUCCUUCAUCAACAUCUCCUUCAGUGUCAAUGUUUUUUUCUCACAAUGAAGUGUCACCAAAACCACAACCAGGUUUAACACCAAUCAUCAUCAUGGUGAUGGUCUUAGGGAUACUGACAGGGUUUGGAUUGUCAUUCUUCAUAUACUUAAGAUGGAGGCAAAAGAAAGAAGGAACACAGUGCACAGAUGUCGCCCAUGGCCCGAGUAAGAAUCCGCCCGGUGGAGAUAUGAGAGAAACUAGAGAAGCAGACUGUGUUUAUGAAGACAUCUGUAGCACUCUUGAUCAUCCGGACUAUAGUCUGGUCCUUCCAGCAUGUGCUGAACAUGACGACUCUGUUUAUGCUCUAGCAACAUUACCCAGCAGCCCCUCUGUCGAAAUCAACUACUCCAGCAUCAGAUUUACAGCAGCACAUCAUUCAGACAGGACUUCUGACGGACUGGAAACAUGCGUCUACACAACUGUUAGACCGUGAAAGACUGAGGACAUGCAGGUUUAACUUGAGUCACACCAAACUAGGACUCCAGCUCCUCCUCCUCACGUGCUUUGUGAUUUUAAAUCUGUGGCCUUAAUGUUAUUUUAGAUUAAAUCAGUAUUAGAGAAAUAA